UUCAUCGUAAUCAUCUCUAACUUUCACUCAUCUUGAUAGAUUUCUUUUGAUACUCAUGGAUCCACCAUUCAACGAAAUAUACAAAAACCUUUUGUUUAAGCAGAUCACAAACACAGAAAACAAUGUUCCCCAAAUACCCUUUAGCUUUUCUGUCACGGCUGUCGUGGAAGAGGUGGAGCUUCCAGUGAUUGACGUCAGCCGUCUGAUCGGUGGAGCCGGGAAGGAGAGGGAGAAAUGUAAGGAAGAGAUUGCUAGAGCCUCGAGGGAGUGGGGAUUUUUCCAAGUUAUAAACCAUGGAAUAUCAAUGGAUGUGUUGGAGAAGAUGAGACAAGAGCAAAUUAGGGUAUUUAGGGAACCCUUUGACAAGAAAAGUAAGUCGGAGAGGUUCUCCGCGGGGAGUUACCGGUGGGGAACUCCGUCAGCCACUUGUCUCCGGCAGCUUUCUUGGUCGGAAGCAUUUCAUGUUCCCAUGACAGAUAUUUCGGACGACAAGGAUUUCACUACCCUCAGCUCAACAAUGGAGAAAUUUGCUUCAGAAUCAGAGGCUCUAGCAUACACUUUGGCAGAGAUUCUUGCAGAAAAAUCAGGAAGAAAAUCAAAUUUCUUCCAAAGAAAAAUGUGUAAGAAACACAUGUUAUCUAGGAUGAACCGUUAUCCACCUUGUCCAAAACCAUCAGAGGUGUAC